AUGCCUCAGAUGCAGCAACAGACGCGGGAUACGCUAAUAGUGACUCCCGCCGAGCCCGACGGACUGGGCCGAUCUACUGGCGAUUUCUUGGUUCCGUCGCGGCUUCGAUGGGUCCUGAUAACUGUGUUGACGCUGGUAGGUAGCGCGGAGGUCUUGGUUUUUUCUUGGCCGUGGAUCCUCGAAGAGGAUUGA